AUGAGCUUUCGCGGCUUCCAGAAGAGCGUCGUUAGGGCGCCGCAAACGUUCAAGUCUCGCUUCAAUAUUGGCGAGCAGACCAAAGACGCCGUCUACAGCGAUUCAGAGCGCAGGUUCCAGGAGCUCGAGACCGAGACCAAGAAGCUUCAUGAUGAAUCAAAGAAGUACUUCGACGCCAUCAACGGCAUGCUCAACCACCAGAUCGAAUUCAGCAAGGCCAUGACCGAGGUCUACAAACCCAUUUCUGGUCGCAUGUCCGACCCAGACACCCUGAAGAUUGAGGGCAAUCCCGAGGGCAUCCGCGCUUGCGAAGAGUAUGAGCUCGUCGUCAAGGACUUGCAGGACACCCUGGCGCCGGAGCUUGAUAUGAUCGAGACGAGAGUUAUCCGCCCUGCGACCGAGUUGCUCGACGUUAUCAAGGCCAUUCGCAAGACUGCAACCAAGCGCGACCACAAGAGGAUCGACUACGACCGGCAUCGCACCACCCUCAAGAAGUUGCAAGAUAAAAAGGAACGCAGUGCCAAGGACGAGAAGGCUUUGUGGAAAGCCGAAGGCGACACCGAGACAGCCACCCAGGAGUUCAACUACUUCAAUGAUUUGCUCAAGGAGGAGCUGCCGAAGCUCUUUGCACUCGAGCGCGAGUUCAUCCAGCCACUAUUUCAGUCCUUUUACUACAUGCAGCUCAAUGUCUUCUAUACUCUGCACGAGAAGAUGCAAAGCUGCGACAUUGGCUACUUCGACCUCACCCGGGACAUUGAGGAGGCCUUUCACGCCAAGCGAGGCGACAUCCAGGAGCAAGCCGAAGCCCUCUCUAUUGUCAAAUUUAAGACCACUGGACAGAGGCGGCCGCCGAAAUACGGCCGUCCCGCAUUGGAGGGCCCUCGAACUCAGGGCCUCCUGACUGCUGGCCCUUCGAGCGCCAGCCCCUCUGUCCCGACCACCUCGAAGCCCCUCGCGCGCAUAGGCUACACCCCUACCGGCCAAGCAUCAGCAGACAGCGAGUCGCAACCACCUCCGCCGUACUCUCCCGGCAGCCCCGGCCUGCAGGCCAUGGCGGCAGCGAAGGGCAAGCCUCCUCCACCGAAGCCGAAGCCGAGCCGUUUCAGUGCCGUGCCUGUAGCAGAGACCGUGACGGCUUUGUACGACUACGAUGCUCAGGCCGAGGGUGACUUGAGCUUCCGAACCGGCGAUGUCAUAGAGAUCAUCACCCGUACGAAGAACGAAAAUGAGUGGUGGACCGGCAAGUUGAAUGGAAAGCAAGGCCAAUUCCCAGGCAAUUACGUGCAGACAAGCAGCUAA